CCGAAGAAGCUACGUGUCAGUGACGCUAGCAGCUGCAGCAACGAGCCGCUGCGGAGCUCAGCUGCUGUUUGAAGCCGCUUUUAAAAGAUGGUUUUAUUUCACUUUCAAGUCGUGUUCACAUACGCGGAGCUUCGCGGAGUGUGCGAGCUGUCUGCGGGGAUUCAAAACACGGACUGACCGCGGUGUUCCUCCUUAGGAGACGCUCGUGUGCGCUUUACGUGGCUUCACAAUGUUAGCAGAGAAGCUAGCUGCUUGUAGUUCGUCUGACUAAAGGCGAGUUAAUCCCGCAGACCUGAUCCCUGUAACACAUGAUGGCGCUAAAUAGCUAACGUCGAUCAGAUUUAGUUUAAAGUGACUGAAGUUGGUCAGUGGCAUAAUCGAGUCGCUGUUUGGUUGAGUUAGCCUUUAGCAGUGGACCUCUCCCGGUCUGUGUCCCUGAUGAUUCACCUGGCUGACUGAUCGAUGGGGUUUCUGAGGAUCAUGGUGCCGUCUAAGAUCCAGCUGCUGGCUGUUAUGGCGUUUGGAGUGGCGAUGCUCUUUAUCGAGAACCAGAUCCAGAGUCUGGAAGAGUCACGAGCCAAACUCGAACUUGCCAUUGCCAGACACGAGGUAGCUGAAGUGGAGCAGCGUCACAGCGAAAGUACCGGGCGGGAAAUCUCACUACUGUCAGAAAAAGAUGACAUAGUCAUCAUCUACAACAGAGUGCCCAAGACUGCGAGCACAUCCUUCACUAACAUCGCCUACGACCUGUGUGGGAAAAAUCACUUCCACGUCCUGCACAUCAACACGACCAAAAACAACCCUGUGAUGUCUGUACAAGACCAGGUGCGCUUUGUCAGGAAUGUCACCUCGUGGAGAGAGAUGAACCCCAGCCUCUACCACGGCCAUGUAGCUUAUCUGGACUUCUCAAAAUAUGGCACGAAGAAGAAGCCCCUGUACAUAAAUGUGGUGCGAGACCCUAUCGAGCGCCUGGUGUCCUAUUACUACUUCCUGCGUUUUGGAGACGACUACAGACCUGGCCUUCGACGAAGAAAGCAAGGAGACAAAAAGACUUUUGAUGAGUGUGUGUCAUCAGGGGGGUCUGACUGUUCUCCCGAGAAGCUCUGGCUCCAGAUCCCCUUCUUCUGUGGCCACCAUUCAGAGUGUUGGAAUGCAGGCAGUAGAUGGGCCCUGGAACAGGCCAAGUACAACCUGGUGAAUGAAUAUCUGCUGGUUGGAGUAACUGAGGAGCUGGAGGACUUCAUCAUGAUCCUGGAAGCAGCACUGCCCCGCUUCUUCAAGGGCGCCACAGAGCUCUACAGGACAGGGAAGAAGUCCCACCUGCGAAAGACCACCGAGAAGAAGCCUCCCACCAAAGAGACAAAAGCCAAGCUGCAGCAGUCCAACAUCUGGAAAAUCGAAAAUGAGUUUUACGAGUUUGCGCUUGAGCAGUUUCAGUUUGUGCGUGCACACGCUGUCAGGGAAAAGGAUGGAGAACUUAAUGUCCUGGGCCAGAGCUUCUUCUAUGAAAAGAUCUACCCCAAAGUGAAAUGAAUAUGGAGCCAGAAUAUAGUAACAAGGGCUGUGCGGACCAAAACAUUAUUACAAGUCGUAUACACUGGGACACAAAGGGACACAUGAAUGCUGGAUUUGUUGUUCCUGUACUGCAGCUUUUCCUGGUUUUCUAAUUUUGACCCUGUUAAAGUACAGAAAGGCCUUUUCAGACUGUACUGUGGAAUUUCUAUGAGGAAUGUGUUGAGUUUUUUUAUUGCUGUGCAGCUGUUGAGGAAACCUAACAUGGAUAAACUGUCAGUCUGAGCUGUGAGAAAGAAUCACUGCUCAUAGCAGAACAUGCUGCGUCUGAAGAGCCAAACACGAGGAGGAUUAUCAAGUAAUGUGUUUUGGUUUUUAGUUGGAUCAUUGUGAUUAAAACAACUCAAACCUCAGCUAGUCCAACAAGUUUUAAAUCACAUUUAAAUGUGUUUUGUUUUUCAUUGGAAGUUGAAACAAACAUUUUGGUUUAGUACUUUCUUUGAACACUACAGCUUAGUUGCACCAGUACUUGUUUACAGAUGACAGAAGAUGUAACUGUUACAAAACAUAACACACUGCAUUAACACAGUGUUGUGUUUUGGGACCAAAUGAUAGCAACAGAACAUAGAUUGAACCAUCCUUUGAUGCGUGAAUAGUACUUUUUUUUAUCCCACUGAGAUGUUCUCAAGAUAUAGACACGUUUAACACAUUGUAUAAGUAUUUUAUCACAGAUAUAGUGACGUGCAUCUUUGAUAUAACUGAUUGCUGCUGUUUUUUAACCUGUGGAAAGAGCACAUGGAGCUGGAGGAAGUUACUAAUCAACAGUGACUAGAUUGUUUGUACAGGGUUUAAUGGAUAUUUGACUUGGUCACAGGGUUAUAUACUGCUGUGUGCCACAAGGGGAGAGGUUGAAGUGAUAGUGCCUUUAAUGCAAUGUAUAAGACGGUUUUAUUGUUUAGUGUGAUCCCACAAUCAUGAUUCCUCUUAUUUUGUGUAUUUACUUAAUUCUUCAAUGCAUUUCCUGUUUUUGCUCUGUUUUUGCUCAUUAACAGCUUAAAUACAAAACUUU